CAUAAAAUACGUACAAAUAAAAAACUAGUUCAGUUUCAGAGUUUCUCCUAACGAACGACACACAAAAUUGCAAUGGCCAGAGACAGUUGCCUCGCUCGUGUCACAGCCGGCGCUGCCGUUGGUGGCGCUGUGGGCGGUGCCGUUGGUGCUGUGUACGGAACAUAUGAGGCUAUUAGAUAUAAGGUACCUGGACUUUUGAAAAUUAGGCAUAUUGGACAAACUACACUUGGCAGUGCUGCUAUUUUUGGUCUUUUCUUGGGUGCUGGAAGUUUGAUACAUUGUGGAAAGUCAUACUAAGCAUCAAGAUUUUAUCUUCCUACUUGCAGAGUCUUGCUUGCUGCCCUUGUAAUGUAUGAGUAGAGCAGGAAUUUACUUUUUCUUUUUUUGGUUUUCUCAAUUUUGGAAAAGGUUUGAUGAUGGUAGCUGUUGGACUACUUUUUUAUGAAAUUUCUCAUUUAUUUCUCCUGGACAGUACUGAUGAAAUAUCUUUGCAAGGGCUUCUCUUUCGCUUUUGAUUCCUCA